UUUGCGUGGGUGUGUGUAGGUGUAUUGUGGCAGCUGUCAAAACAUUGUGUGUUGUGAUGCUUGAAGUCUUUGUCUUGGUGUAAAACUUGUUUUAUGCUAUCACAAUUUAUUGAAAUGGACAGCACUUGGUAAAAACAGUUUCAUAAAUCCACCGAAAUUUUGUAAUUGGCACGUUUAAAGUUAAAAAUGAAUAACACCGAAAUUGAACGGGGAGAAGAGUCUGUCAGUGGUGGAGCGGACGAUAAUAUAAAUCUGACAUCGCACAGCAGAACGCAUUUAUUAAAUCCGUCCAGAAUAAACAGACUUCCUCAGUUUGUUGCUGCGUUUGUAGCUACAAUUGGCGCAUUUGCAAUGGGUACAGUUAUGGCAUGGACUGCACCAGCCAGCGGGGAAUUACAAUCUAAAUUCAAUUUCAACAUCUCAGAAAUAUCAUGGAUUGGUUCAUUUGUAGCACUUGGUGCUGCAGCAGUUGUGUUACCUGUUGGAUAUUUAACUGAUAAGCUCGGCCGCAAAUUGACCAUGCUAAUUUUGGUUACACCAUUCUUAGGAGGAUGGGCUGUUAUCUUGUGGGCCAAAACUUGGGAAGCAUUAUGCGCUGGUCGUUUCAUAGUUGGAAUGGCUGGUGGAGCUUUUACAGUAACAGUACCUAUUUAUAUUGGUGAGAUAGCUGAUAAUGAAAUACGGGCAACUCUCGGUAGUUUCUUCCAGUUAAUGGUGGUUGUUGGUGUGUUGUUUGUGUACAUUGUAGGUCGGGAAUGUAAUUUGUUUUGGAUGAGUGCCAUAUGUGGGCUUGUCCCAAUCGUUUUUGGCGCAGCCUUUGUUUUUAUGCCGGAGACACCUGCAUACUAUUUAGGCAAAGGCAAGGAAGAUGCAGCAAGGAAAUCACUUCGGUGGUUGCGUGGAACUGCAUGUGAUUUGGAACAAGAUAUAGCGCAAAUGAAGCAAGCGGAAGAAAACAGCUCAAGGCCAAGACCACCAGACUCUCGAAGUGCCACGAAGAUGUCACUGUUUAUUGCACUUGGACUUAUGACAUUUCAGCAGCUGAGUGGCAUCAACGCCAUUAUAUUUUACACAACAGACAUAUUCCAUGCAGCUGGAAGCACAAUUGAACCCAGUAUAUGCACUAUUGUAGUUGGCACUAUGCAAGUGGGGGCAACACUUUGUUCGUCAUUAGUCAUUAACCGAUUAGGCUGUCGUGUUUUACUGCUUACUUCUGGAUUUGUGAUGGCAACUUGUACGUACACGCUUGGAGUAUUUUUCCAUCUCCAGGCCAGGUAUGGUGUAGACUAUGUUAGAAAUUUUGAUUGGUUGCCAUUGGCCAGCCUUUGCCUUUACAUUAUAGUUUUUUCUAUUGGCUUCGGACCUGUUCCUUGGAUGAUGAUGGGUGUCCUUUUCCCACCUCAUAUAAAGGGACUUGCAAGUUCCAUUACUUGUUUAGUCAACUGGAUGUUAGUGUUUGUUAUUACAAAAUUUUUUGCAAAUCUGUUAGUGUUUGCAGGCACAGCUUCAACAUUUUGGCUCUUCUCAUUAAUAACUGCAAUUGGCACAGUCUUUGUUUUUUUUGUUGUUCCAGAAACUAACGGAAAAUCACUUGAGGAAAUUCAAAUGGAGUUAUCGGGCAGUGAAAGUUAACUUAAUUUAUUGGAAUUUUAUUUAUUUAUUUAUUGGUCCAUAUAAAUCUCUUUUUAAGUACAUAUAUUGUACACAGAAUCUAUUUGUAGAAAUGAGAGCAAGAUAUAUCACUCAUAACAGAUGAUGAUUAUUGCAGCUAUGUGUAUCAAACAGUUAGGUUCUUAAUCAAGAUAUAUGCCCCUGUCUUUUUAUAUCAUCAUCUGUUGUGAAAGAGUAACUUGAGUUUUAUGGCUUACUGUUAUUUUAUACUCCAUUUAUAAUGUUUAAAAUUUACCAAAGAACAAUGAACUAUGGGUUCCCACUAUUCUGCUAAAAUAUACUGAACUCUUUAGUUUUACAUUUGUAAGUUCAGAUGCCUGCCUAGUGGUAUCUUUUCCUAUGUAUGGUAGUAAUGGACUGCAUACUUUUCAACUCCGUGUUUAUGUGGGUAGAAACAUCCAGGGGUAAACUGGUGUUGUAAUUACAUUUAUUUUUUACAAAGUGACACUGAAAUGUGUGAAAAUUCAGAACGGUAUAUUGUUAUACUAUAAACAUGUAUAACUUAUGUAACUUAUAAUUUGUGAUUGAGAUGUUCAUUGAUAACUCAAUAUUUUUCCCUUUAGAUGUGUGUGUUAAAUAUACUUAAAGACGACUUCUGUCUGCAUGUUACUGUGAUAGUUGUAGGGGAAUAAUAUUGAGAACUACAGAGUGUAUAAUUGUGUUGUUGUAAAAUCCUGGUUACAUGUGGAUAUAAGAUAAUUAACGCUUACCUAAGAGCAUUAUGAAUGCUACUAAAUAAAGAAGUGUUAAUGUAAAGAUUUCCAAGCAUUGGUUUUUUUAUAUCUACUGAAGAUUAUCUGUGGGGCAUAGAAAAGUGGAUUUGAAUUUCUUUAUUGAGCCUGUAAAUCAUAAUUUAGUAUGUAGUUUGCACAAAUAACAUUGAACAGUGAGGUCUGAUAUACUAAAUAUCAUUUAUACAUGCCAUUUUGAAAACUAGUUAAGUAGGCCUACAUGCUGCAUGAUGGUUGAUGAAGUAUAUUAAUUCUUGUGGUGUUCCAAAUACUCAGAAACAGAAUAGAAGCAGUACCCUUUGUGUUUAAUUUUAAACUGCUGUAAAUAGGAUAGCUUGUGGCAUAGUGGUAGUGUGAUACAGUCCUCCUAUAUAAAUGUAUUGUAAUGACAUGUGGGUUAUGCUUAUGCCUAGGAACAUAAGAGUGAAAAUCACAGUAAUGCUUGAAGAUCUUCUUUUAAUGUGCUUCCUUUUGUGAAGGUUAUGGAAACACGGAAUGGACAGUGUACUGAGACUUUUAAAUAUUCUUCUGUAGGAGUUUCUACAUUUAACAUGUUUUAUUAUUCUGACAAUCUUUUUCUCUAGUCUCAGUGUUUUUCUUUUAAUUGUAGAGUUCCUCCAAAAGGUAAUUCAAACAUCAGUGUAUUUCUAUAUUUAUUGAUCCACUCAGUCAUUCAAUGUACAGAAGUGUACAACAUGAUGUGGCACAAGUCAAACAAAUGAAAUGAGAAUAUAUACAGACAUAGCUCUGCUUCUUAUAGUGUAUAUCUCACUGAAGAUCUAUUAUGUUUGUAUCCAGAAUAAUACCAGAGUAAGAAUAAGUUCAAAUAAUAAUGCUGGCCGUCAAACAGCAUAAGUUCGUUAAUGGACAAUAGGUUAUUUGUAAUGAAACAUCUUGAAUUUUGAAACAUAAUAAUAUAUAUAAUUUAAUUUAUGGUAGAUCACAUUCAAGAAAGUCUUGUAUGCUGUAAAAGUAAUGCUUUGUUAGGAGUGCUCUUAAGGGUGUUUUUUGUUGAAUGCUUUGUACUUGUGGGAGAUGGUUGUAGAGUUUGAUUCCCAUACGUUUAACACUAUUGCUGUACAGUUUAGCAGAAUGUGGAACUAGCCUUAACAAUUUUUUUGACCUUGUGUCAUGGUGGUGACUGGGAAAUACGGAAGCGUCCGAUCCCACCCGUCUGCUUUGACCCAUGACGUCACAAAUAUGGCGGAAACAAAAACAAACACACACACUUUCCACAAGAAGCCUAAUGACACUUUAA